CUGUCAGAUCUUGGCCACCCUGACUGUGUUACAAUCCGUCGUGUUUUGUCUGAACCAAAACAAACGCUUGUUCCAAGCAUUUAUCCUAAGAUCAAGAUUGACUUUCUUUGGAGGCAGGGAUUGCGGGAAAACGGAUGUUGUGGGUUCAAGCCUCAGUGUCGGAAGUAAGCCUUUGUAGUGUGCAUUGUCACGGUCAGUUUGAGCAUCCGUGAACCCUUCGUAUUGUGCCGGAAAGGUGCGGAUUGUGCUCGGGCUAGUGCGCAAGAUGACAACGACAAAGACAGAGAGGGUUCAAGAGAUCGAUGAUUUGCUCAGGCCCGAUGAAAACGAGGAAUCGCCCUUGCCCAUGAGCGAAGGCGAACGCAUCGAAAUCCUCGAAGAAUAUCCAUCCGAUGACAACGGUGAUGAUGAUGAUGAUGAAAACCUGAAAGGAGCACCCUCUGACGUAGAAGAAGCCUUGGAGUUCGAGACUAACGAGUUGGAUCGAUUCGAGGACGAAAUCGACCCGGCCAUUGGGUCUCGGGAAACCCGAUCAGAGACACCCCCGACCUCAACUUUAAAAGCUGACGUGCCAGUGGGCGUUCCAGCUGCCACUAUGACCGGGUCGAGUUCGUGCUCACCUUUCAAAGCAAUGCUACCCCCCGGCAAGAAUGGUCAAGCUUCCAGUUUCGAUUUGAGACAGCAGUUGCGCUUGCGGCGUUUGGCCCAAGAUUCACCUCAAUGCCUCAAACCGCCCAAAAAGAAGUCCCCCAAGCGGUCCCAGCCCGCUCGAAGCCCCGUGAUCCGGGUGGAAGCGACUCAACAGCCCGGACCCAUGUUCAAAAUCCCGGCCAGUGCGCCCACCACCAGGCCCAACCAGCCCAUGGCGCCUUUCAGACCUAACACAUACCCAUCGCCGGUGGCAUCGCCUGUCCAUUCUAUCGGUCAGGGUCAGGGUCAUCCGGUCAAUCCUUGUGGUAUCGAAUUUCAAGCCAAACCCACGGCACCGUUAUCUCUUCACCACCCCGGCACGGCCUUCCAAGGCCCGUCCACUUACAUUAGCGUGGAUCCCAUGGCCCCGCCCCGAGGAGAGUUAGAAAUGGCCCCCACGCGGCCACCACCUGUCAAACCAAAAUCCGAUCUUCCUCAGCUAGAAGCUGAACCCGAUCUUCCUCAAACUGCAGCUAAAUCCGAAGAGGAUGAUGAUAUUGUGUUCGUGGAGGAAUUCAAUGGUGAUGCGGUUCCCAAACAGGAGGUACCCGAUAUGAAACCCUAUGAUGCACCCCCUGAGGUGUUUUCCCGCCCGGGCUCCACGAUUUUGCGCCCGCCCAGUGAAAUCGAGAUCGUCACGUUAAGCGAUGACGACGAAGAGGAAUUGAACUAUGUCAGUGUUGAUGAAGAUAUUCAAAUCAAAAUGGAGGACCACCACCACGCUCACCCUCAUGUUCCUCCCUUGUACGAGAAUGGGAGAGUAGAGGACGUCGCCGAUCACUUACCUCCAUCUAUGCCAGUGGAAACGACGAACACGCCCUUGAAUCAACGUAUAACCACGAACACGCUCAAGCGUCGGAAAGAGAUCUCUGAAGCUGAGCCACCACCAGAUCAUACCGAAUAUCGUGGAAAUAUCAAACGUGCCAAGUUUCAAAAGCCUUUGCGAAACAAGGCCAAGAUUAUUCAAAGACUCAAGGCGCAAAUUCCGGUUUUGAAGCGUGUGGUGGUCAUGACCAAUUUGCCUCCUUCCUGGGACGUUGACAGUUUCACUCAGAAAGCAACGGCCUACGGCAAAGUCACCUCUGUCAAUUGCUCUUGGGCGGAGAAUCGGGCGGUUAUCGCCUUUGAAUUGGAAAAGGACGCCCAGAUGUGUUGCGAUCGCUUCGAUCAACGGGUAGUCAACGAUGGGGAAGAUAAUGCCACCACGAUUCAUGCUUACCUGGACACGGACAAAGCUCAUGGACUCUGGCUUGGUAGUGUUUGAAAUCUUUGACACGCUCUGAUUAUACCUUUUGCUUUUUGUGGCACUAGUUGAACUUCUAUGAAAUAGAUACGAUGAACAAACGCUUGAA